AUGCCGCCUCCUGCUUCUUCCCCGUCUGCUUUCGCGUGGCGCUUCGUGUGGAUCUAUUUUUUGGCCCAGCUGUGCGAGUACCUUCAGGGCCCCUUCAUGUUUGCGGCGUACAGACAGUACCACAGUCUUCCCCUCGAACGCGUAGGGCUCUUGUUCUUCACUUCAAGUCUUUCCAACGCACUCUCCGGGUGCCUGCUCGCGCCUCUGGGCGACGCGCAUGACAGACGUCUGGGGUGUGUCUUCUUCUGCCUCCUGUCUGUUGCGGCUUGUGCCCUAACAAGGGCAGCGCUACCCUUCUCGUGGCUAAUCCUCGGUCGGCUCCUUGGGGGCGGUGCGACGAACCUUCUAGAAACUUCUUUUGAGGCGCUUUUAAUAUGCGACUACCUGGUCCCCAUGCAUGCACUGUUGAGCGCUGCAGAGGAAGGCCUCCCUACAGAGAGACACCCCCGACAAGCGCCCAAAGAGGGCCUUACUUCGCCGAACCUCGCUUUCCAAGAAACGCGUCUUAGCGCUACCACGGAAGCAACUACCACAGCGAGGAGGGAGACGGUGGAGGGGCUUCUUCUUAAAGCCCCACAAGGGUCUCUUCCCUCUCCAGAUCGCCCCCUUACCGCAGUAUCCCCUCCUGAAGCCUUUCAGCACGCACUGCAUCUAUUUGCAAGCCAAAGCGAGGUGCGCCUCUGCGGCCUACUGCAAGUGGCUUUCGAGGCGCCCUUAGACCUUUUCGUGCUGCUAUGGACCCCAGGCAUUCCCCAGCAAAUGAAUCCUGGCAUUGCCUUCGCCGCUCUCAUGGGUGGACUCGCCACGGGAUCUUACUUGUUUUGCCACGUAGGGAAUGCCCUCCCUCCUCGUGCAUCGCCUUUCACAUGUUGCGCUGGAGUUGCUCAGGCUGUCGGCAGCCUCUGCGCCUAUUCCUUUGGCGGCACAUCUUCCUCAGAGGAAGCAGCCACCAACAAAGCGGGGAGAUCUACGUUUUAA